AUGGCUAUUUCGUUUUUGUGGGCUUUGUAUUUAAAAGCAAGUUUGAUUCUCCUUGCAACGCUGCACAAAAGUGACGGAUCUUUGGCGGCGAACGGAGCCAACGUUUGUUCAAGGUCUCAAAGGUACAGUUUUAAAAAGACAUUAAUUUUGAUUCCUGAGUAGAAGAAGACGAAGUGCAUAAUUAGCUCGCUGUCUUUAUGUUUGUUCUUUAAGGCAAGAUUGAACCCUCUUUUCUGUAAUAUUCCGCACUUAUAAUAUAUUAAGUUUAGUAUGAAUGCAUAAUAAAUGUGGCAUGGGGGAAGUUAAUUUUCUUUUCCUGCAGUUUGUUAAUUGCGUGUAUUGCUAGUAUUUUUUUUACUAGAUGAUGAUGAUGAUGUUUUUGUUUUACCAAAUGCCAAUCAAACCAACCAUAAUUGUCAUUUUUCAUUGCUCUGAUCAACCCUACCCCCGCAUCCUAAAGUAUUUAGCAUUCAUCAUUGGCUUCCAAAGUGCUGUCCUGUAGGAUAUCCCUGGGAUUGCUUCCAUCUGCAGAAUACCUGGGAUGUAAGGAAUAACUGUUACCCUUAGGCUGGGAAAAGUCAGUAGUCCCUCUUUGCCACUAGGCAUGUUUCUCCUGGUCUAUUAUAACUACUACGUUGACCAAUCAGAGUUCCUGAGCAGAUUCUGGCAGAUUUGACAUUAUACAUCCCUCCUUGCAAAACGUCCCUAGUGGUGAGGAGCGAGGAGAGACAGAUGUUUUAACCCCUAGGUCUCACUUGUGCUAGAGCCAUGCUUCCUUGAUGAAUAUUUGUUUAUCUAGCACGUUCCUAGCUCAUUGCACAUUUGACCUACCAACUUAGCCUUAAUGCUUGCUUGCCCAAAAAAGAAGGAAGAAUUGUCAUUGGUAGGUCUGCACGGUGGGACUGCUCUGGACUAGUAAACUUCAGCAACAGCUUGCCCUAAAUAAGGCGAGCAAUUUUUGGAAUUUCAUGUAACCCUGGAAUGAACAUUUACAGUGAAUAUUUAUAAAACAGGCACAUGAUAUAUAGUAUUGAUUAUGGCUGUGAAAGGUGAUUAUGAUGCUCAUCAUCAUUAUCAGGAAAUAUAGCCUUUCCGUUUUGAUGAAAACUGAUGUCAAACAAAUUGUAAAACAUACCACAAUAUAUUUAUCCAGCUGUGACAGAGUUUUUUUUUUGAGAAAUGUAGACAUUCUUGUUGCAUACUUACUUGAUUAUCAGCUGCAAUGUAGAUCUUAUGUUUGGAGUACAAUUAAUUUAGUUUUUCACAGACAUACUUACGGUCAUACCAGAUGAGUUGGCAGAGAAGAUCCUCAAAGGGUUGCGGAUUUUGGAACUUGAGACGAUGCACUGUCUACAGGUAAGCAUUACAGUGCCAUGCCUGCCUGGGCAUUAUAAUAAGCAACUGUUGAACAGGGAAGGGUGUGUUUCUUUAGGGUGAUACAGAUCAGGAUUAGUGAUCCAAGAUCAGUUGGAUCAUGGUACAUGAAAUAAAGAGGUGGAUUUGGUGGUACCUUUGAUGUGCCAUGAUCUGAUGAGUUCCUAAUGGAACUGAUCACCCUAAGAUUUCAAGGUACUCAUGGGUAUAUGCAAGUAGAUGGGGAUCCAUCCAAUAGAACAGCUGGGAAGUUUAUUUGGUUCUAUUUCAUGUUGUUUUCUGUGAAAGUAGUUGGGUGUCAUGCUUGUUGAUGUAGUAGCCAGGGAAAUUCCUGGCCCCUGGCCCGUAGUGACAGUCUAGGGCCCAGUUGUUCAAAGGCUGAUUUGCACUAACCCGGGGUUAAAUCUUAAUCUGGGUUAUUUUGCUUGUGUUCAAAUGCAUUCUCUGCGAUAAUUUUCUCCAUUCUAUUUAGAGUAGCCAAUCAUCAAGUUGUAGACAAAAAGAAUUAAAGUGAAUUUGCUUUUUUAGACUUUCAUAUCUGAAUUCAAAUUUUGCACUUAUCCUGGGUUAUCUUAACCCAGCUUUGAACAAUCUGGCCCUGGCUGAAACUAGCUACAGUGAGUACAGAUCAGCAGACCAUAUUCAGAUGGAAUCUUAAUUUUAUAGAACAAUGUAUGGAGUUGCCUACAAAUCUGCUACACGACAAGCAUAUAAAGCUGUGUAUUCUUGCUGUCCUGGUUGGAAGGAACAAGGCAGGGGCUGCCCAGUUGGUAAGGAAUUUUGAUUGGCUGAGUGUACUUCUGGGAGGGGUGGGGGUACUCUGGACUUCAAGUGGUGAGGAGGAUCGAAGGAUCUUCUUUGGGUUUCAAUUUGUUUUUCUGCGAUUUUUUGGGUAGGAUAAUUUUGGGAAGUAACAUUGCAUGUAGUGUCAGCAUCUCCUGAAUGCAUAGUUCUGCUGAUCAAACAUGUUUGGGGGUAUUUUUGAUUAUCACAUGAAACACAUUAAGUUGCAUAGACCCUGUUAUGGUAUACUCUGAAUACACUCAGUUAGAUGAAUUCUCAUCCAUCAUGUUUAUGUUUAUACAUUACCUUACCUCAUCUGUUUGUGCUCUGUUUCGCAUAAGGCCUGCAACACCUGGCCAUCUGGGUUGGGGGUUGGGCAAUGGGUUAUGUCCCAUAUCUGUAAAAAAAACCUCAUUACUGAAACAAGACACACAUACAAAGCUAUGUAUACUUUUCAAGACCAUGUUUAUUAAGUCACAUACAGAGUUGGAAUUACCAGAAAAUUUGCGUGGGAGUUUUUUGGGGUCAGUACAUUUUUGGUGCUGGAAUUUUAUUUUGGAAGGUGCCCUAAGGAUUGAGGCCCUGUCAUUUGAAAUCUGGAGUUCUCUUCCUGGGGUGUGUUUAUUUUUGUUUUAUCAAGAAAUUAUAUAAAUACUAAGCAAACCAUGCUGGUUUACCACUGAAAGCUAAUUGCCUUGGAUUCAUAUUCCUUGAAUUUUGUUUAAUGUUAAAAUUUUCGUGUUAUUACAAUGUGAGGUGAUGGUGUUUCAAAAUGCUGAAAGAAUUAGGUGGCACACUUUUUUUUGAAUCUGCUGUUAGAAGACUUAAUCCAGAUUACUCCACUGACGACCAAAGAAUUUGUACUAUUUUUAAUUUGUAGCAGCUACUUAUUGGCCCAUGGAAGGGAAGACGGCUUCCUGAAUCCAUAAAUGUUUUGUUUGUGGAAUCUGGAUUCUGGAAAAUAUUUCCUUUUCUCCAUUUUUGAGGCUAUGACAAUUUAAAGCGGUGUUACAGGGUUCUCUUAUCAUUGAUGUAUUUUUUGCCUUGUACUUUUUAUUAAUUAGCUAUCUGCAAAGAUGCCUGUGUAAAUGGACGUUGUAGUAAGCCAGAUACGUGUUCAUGCAAUGCAGGCUUUUAUGGAAAGACAUGUGACAGAGGUGAGGGGAAGAUUGUCAGUAGUGUACUCUACCAAGUGUAUGUCAAGUCUCUAAACCAAAAGCUCUGAAAUCCAUUAUUCCUGAAAAACUAAGAUUUACUAGGGGACAACAAUGACUGUUAGUGAGGUCCUCCAGAAAAUCUAAAGAAGAUUAGGAGCAAAAUAGAAGAUGGAUUAUGUGCAAACAGCUAGACAUUUUCAUGACUUAGGUGAUAACAUAACAUGAUAGUCCUGUCUUAGUAGGAGACAUACAUGUAAACUUAGUGUCUUCAGUUACUACUUUUGUGUUAAGUACAUUGACUGCACUCAGCUAAAGUGUGUUUUUUCCUUUCUCCAUUUUGAUCAUUUUUUGCCAGAAUGUCCUUCUCAUAAGUGGGGCCCUCAUUGCCACCAUGACUGCAAGUGUCAGAAUGAAGCCAAAUGUGAUUCACGAACAGGUUCUUGUUCCUGCACCGCUGGGUGGCAGGGGAUGCUUUGUGAAAAGCCAUGUGACCAAGGUUACUAUGGUGACAAAUGUCAAAAACAGUGUCAAUGCUUGAAUGGCGGCACAUGUGACCCUGUUAUGGGAAACUGCACGUGCGGACCUGGCUAUACUGGGAAACAGUAAGUACUUUAUAUUGAUUUUAUGCCACUGUACUUUCCUUGCAAGUAGAAAUUGAAAUUUGUCCUAUGAACACUUAAUGUUGUGGUUAGAAAGUAUUAUUCUCACCAGACUCAUACACAAGAAAAUGAUUAUUUACAACACCAUAAGUAUGCCUGGCAAGCUUGGCCAUAAAGAAGAAGCCGCUAUUUUUUAACAUGUGCGUGCUGUUGCAUGGAAAUUGUGUGUAGUGAGGAUGUGCCAUUAAAAAUUAAUGAUUAGCUAAUAAUUUGGGGAUCGGUAACUUUAGAAUGUGUAUUGCUGUGUUUUUGGUCUUAUCUCCAUUUUUGUCUCCAUUUUCUUGAAAAUUUACAAAAUAAUGAUAAAAACAUGAGUUGUAGAUUAUCAGUAAGAGGUAAUGAAUUCUGUAAAAUUCUUACAGUUUAAUAUUGGUUUGCAAAGUUCUACAAAGGAAUUUCAGUAAAUUCUUUCACUUAUUUUAAGCUUGUGUUUUAUGUACCAGGUGUGAACUUCAGUGUCGCCAAGGUUGGUAUGGCCAAGACUGCCUCAACAGAUGUGGGUGCCUUAAUGGCGGCAGUUGUCAUCAUGUUACUGGCACAUGCAACUGUACUGCAGGAUGGAAGGUACCUCAAGCUCGCCACAGAAAACAGCCAACAUUUUGCUGCCCUGUCACUGGUUUCCCUGCAAAAUGGCCUUUUAGAAACAAGCACAAAAAUUCCAUGCUAAUGAUGUGUCACUACCCUGAUCUGAGCGUUCUGAUUGGUCGUGCCAAGUGGGAAAUUUGCUUCAACCAGAAGCACUACCAAGAUUUGGGUAGUGACACAUCAUCAGCAUAGAAUUUCUGUGUUCGUUUCUCAGACGUCAUUUCGCAGGGAGACCAGUGGCGGCAUCACAAAAUGUUGGCAGCUGUCUUCUCCGGUAGCUCAGCAGCUGGAAAUUUGAUUUUUCACAACAGAUAACUUGAAGUCUUUUUUGUGGGUGCUUCAGUGCAAUUACUGAGGCCCUGCCAGGGUAAAUUCCAACAAGCGACAUGGCCCAAAAAGUAGCGACAGCGCGUAAAAUGAAAUCGCGAUAAGAGACAACCUCCCUCGGCCAAAUUGCGACAGUGACGGCAAAGCCGACAAUAAGCAACAAGCAUUUAUAAACACCGACACAAGACGUUUGAAAAUUCAGACGGGUGACAUGGGACCCCCCCUGGCAGGACCUCAUUACUGUUGGUGACAUCUCUGUUACAGUCAAUUAGCUCUCUAGCUUUAAUAACUGUUAAGAUCAUAAGCAGACAGCUCUAAUUUCACGUUCCUUCACAAAACCCAAAAUAUGAUAAUUAUUAUAAGGUGCCAGGGACCACUGGGCACUGCUAGGGUACAGCCCUCCCUAAUAAAGCAGCACACAUAACCAACAACAGUCAGAGUAAUUCUCACUUUUUUUUCAGGUCCUCUUGCUAUUCUUAUUUUAAGGAAUCAUUAUGAUGUUACAAGAAGUUUGGUUGUAAUUAUUUAUUUAUAGCUGUUUAUCUUCUCUAGGGUGACUUCUGUGCAGUAAAAUGCCCAGAAGGCACAUAUGGGUAUAACUGUUCUCUAACGUGUAUUAACUGCUUGAAUGGUGCUGUCUGUAAUCAUGUCAAUGGAAGCUGUACUUGUUCACCUGGCUACCGUGGACAAAGGUAAUAGGUCGUUAUUAAAAGUUGGAAAAGGCAUUAGAGGUUUGUCACUGCCGUAAAAACUCAUAUACUCGUUGCGGCACUGGGUAAAGUACAAAGUAUAUGUUUAUAGGCUUUUCUCAAUCUGGCUUCCUAAGGUGUAGUUUUCUUGUGAGGGGCUGUCAUGAUCAGAGCAUUUCUUGGUAUCUGUGGUGUGUAGCAUCAAGAAAUAUUGCUACAUAUUUUUGUACUUCCCCUGGAUAUAGAAUAAACCUAUAUACCUGUAUGCUGCUAGUACCCAAAUAAACAUGAACCCAUAUACAGCUGUACAUACUGUAUGGGCUUCUGAGUCAAUAGCUCAACCAAUCAGAAUGCAGCAUUGAUUAUAGACCACUAGCUGGAUUUUACUAAUGUGCAAUACUACAUGUAGUUGCAAUGUAAGGUCUGUUUUUGAGUGGUAAUACUGUAAAAUGUCCCAUGUGCUCAUUAUAAACAGAAAUCUUUAGGUAAGACUGAUCUAUGCAGGGAAAUAAUCAAGCCACGGUACGCCCUCAUUCCCAAGGUUCUUUCCUUCUUGUCCCCAUGGAGGGAGAGACUUCUCAGGUAGUGAAUCUGCAAUGUCCUUUGCCAAAAUAUUUGGAGUGGAAAGUAUCCCCAAUAGAUUAACAUAAUUUUCCAGAUACUCUACAGGAAGUUAUACUUUCACCAUGAUGGUAUUUCAUACAUUAUUUUCCCUUGACUCCUACUCUCAGAAGAGACAAAUCUCCCACAUAUCUGCCCCUCCAUCGAAUCGUUUAUUUGUUAUCUCCCAGAUCCUUGGAGAUACUUGACCAUACCCAACCAGGGUCUCUCUCUUUCUCUCUCUUUCUCCGUGGGACAAUUAGAAUCAGCGAUGGCCAUGGGGUAUUCAUCAAUGCUGAAUCUUGCGAAGGUAUUGAAUGACUUAUUAUGAUAAUCUUAUUCUAUGCCUCUCAUUUUUAGUACUCACUGCUCACUUUCUUGUUCAAAUAACAACUCAGGAAAACUGCUAUUGAAUACAACCUGUGGGAUACUGCUUUCCUGCCUUCUGAUUGGCUGUAUUGUUAAUGGCUUUAGAUAAGCUAUAUGGUUACCUGGUGUAAGAAAAUUACUCUGGGUGCAAAGCUUAUAAUACCUGAGGAAACGAUGGUUGGAGUACAUACUUUAAAUUUCAUUUCUUGUUAGGUGCGGAGAUAUUUGCCCUCCGGGGACCUAUGGACAUUCUUGUGCUGAAGAGUGCAGAUGUAAAAAUGGAACAUGUUCGCCAGUGGAUGGCUGGUGUAAUUGUACAGUAGGUUACACUGGAGCGUACUGUGACAAGCCUUGCUCUGUUGGCUCUGCUGGAUUGAAUUGCACCAAGCAAUGUAACUGCACAGUUCAUGGAACUUGUAAUCAGUUCACUGGAAAAUGCCAGUAGGUAUUUGUGAUUACAUGUAGAUAUGAUUUAUAGGCAAUGUGUCUAAAUCAUCUAAGAUUGUGCCUUAGCUAGGGAAGGGGACAGGGUUUCAGGUGACAGAAAUUACCAAGGAAAAUAGGUUCGAGCUUUCAACAGAAAUUUGAAUGAAAGCCCAAGCAAGAAACAUCCAGGCGCUGACUUGCUGCAACUUUUGUUUUGUUCUUAUCUUUGAUGGCCAACUUGCUGCGAAAACAGCGUGACAUGAGAGACAAUCAAGUUGAUGUCCUAGCCGAUAUUGACUGUGAAUUUAACUGGGAUUAAAUUUUUCACCUUGAAACCUCCUUGUGCCUGUGUCACCACUUCUCAAGCAGACACCUAUCCAAAAUACCAACAUUAGUUUUCCUCGCUAAAUCAGGAUACAGACUUUUUUGAUCUUUCGGCCAAAAGAAAAUUUAUAUUUAUUGGGGAAGUGUAAAAAUUAGGGAUAAUGGAAAGAUUCAGAAUUACGUUCUUAAAAAACGGCAAACGUCAGAUGCAAGUUCAGGAUUUCUCAAAUUAAGAAAUAAACAAAUAAACGCAGUUGAAAAUAGUUCCAUUGUGGAUAAAACUAGCAUGAAACUGUUUAUUUCUGUGUUGAUGUAACCAACAGUAAAGGACAAGUAACGGGAAAACUUGGUCAUGAGACACAAAUGAACGUUUGGCGUUUGACGUUUGACGUAUGGACGUGAUUCCUAAGCUCUCUUACAUUUUUGUGUUUGACUGGGAAAUGGAAGUCAGCUUUAAUUCAAGUUAUCCGGAAGUUUGAGAAACCGAGGGAAAUGGCAAUCGGGAUUGUACUGUGUUUAGGGCGUGUGACGAGACCUCUUGUGUUGAGCGACCAGCUCCCUAGUCUUUUGUAAUGUAUGCCCAUCCGUUUCACGGAAAAACUAUUUUCGUUCAACCAGCAGAGAGACGCCAUGUUAGUUCUCGCAACUACUCGGAGUUGUCGUGAUUAUUAAAGGAUUUUACAGUCUCCUUCGUAGCCGUUCUUUGUGUCAUCACGCAACGCUCCUCUAAAAACAAUAACAAAAAGAACAAAACAAAAACGGCUGCAUAGAAGACUACCAGCUUUCUGAAGCGACCAUCACAAAUCGUGACCGUUUUAACAGGUUGCUUACAGAAGUUUGACUGAAUACUAAUCCCCAACUGAACCUUAUUAACAGGGAACUUAAGCAACGAGAACGGCAAAAAAGCGAUAGGGUAAGAUUAGCAAAACAACAACUUUGCACGUGCAUAACGCUUUUUUGUACAUUUCGUUGCCGUCGUUGCACGACUACGACGUGAAAAUGGUUAAUUUUACGUUUUUUAGACGACGUGAACUCAAGACAACGAAAUUUUUUUUCUUUUACUCAACUUAGAUACAGUCCUUCAGAAUUGAACUCCAGAAAUUCGCCAACAUUUGACGAAUUGAACAAGAUGGAAUUAGCGCGAUAAAGUUUAAAGCGGCGCGUGACGUUUUCGUAGCCGUCACCGUCGUUAUUGCUUUAAUAAGCUUCCUAAUUUCGCCAUUCUCAUCCUUAGUUGUCAACCUGGUUAUUACGGAGAUCACUGUCAGAUGCAAUGCAAAGAAGGCUCUUUUGGUCCUCAGUGUAAAGGAACCUGCCAGUGUCUUAACAACGCAACCUGUGACAAGACAGAUGGUACAUGCGACUGUUUGCCAGGGUGGAUAGGAGUUCGGUGUGACAACCCAUGCCCUGCUGGAUAUUAUGGCAAAUACUGUCAAUCAAAGUGCAAAUGUCAAAAUGGAGGGUCGUGUGAUCCAGUUGAUGGCAAUUGUACUUGUGUGAAUGAAUGGCAAGGCCAGACUUGUGACCUCUGUAAGUUAGCUUUACAGUGCUGUUAUACACAUGUCAGAAUCCUAUAUUACGAAGCGAGUACCUCCCUUAUAUUCGUGUUACCGCGGCGUUUUCAAAGGCAAGUGUAUUCCUCACGUAAGAGAGGUUUUUAAAUCCGUCUCGCGCGCACCGCGUGGAUCACAUGUGGCCAUGUUAGCGGCCUGCAAACUCGGAGACGACAAAUUGGUCCGUUGUUUUUGCGACCGUUUUUGGUGAUCGAGAAAUGCUAUUGGCCAUGAAAUUUGUUGGCGGAAAGAUUUUGAAGUAAUUUGGUUUGUGAGCUUCAAAUAAGAGUGAAAAUUGAUGGAAAAUACAUUUGUCAGUGCGUCUCGCUUUGCGACAAGUUUGAUUCUUCUGUCGACUGUGUGUCGGAAGUGUGUUUCUCAAAACCUGAAACGUCAUGUAGUAUGAGAUUUGGUGGUUUCAUUACACUGACAUGCUUUGAUUUAAUUUGCCUUUCAUUAUUUUUUGUCUUUAGUGUGUGACAGUUGGACCUUUGGUGAGAACUGCAGGAACUCAUGUCUAUGUAAUCAAACUCAAACAGAUCGGUUAGUUGGAUGAAUGAAUGGAGAGGUUAAGCAUCACGUUUACGUCGAACGGUAAAAGCGAAUUUGUACCACGUGACCAAGUUUCUCCUUUACUUUACUUGUCUGUUCAUUAUUUCAACACAUAAUUAGUAGUUUCGCGCAAUUUUUUAUCCAUAGGAAUUGUUUUGAGCUGUUUUUAUCUGCUCAUUUUCUGUUUUGAAAAAUUCUGAACUUGAAUCCUACGUUUGCCGUCUGCCGUAUACGUGAUGCUUAAAAUCACUGAUAGUGACCUCAAGAUACACCGUUUCAGCCUGCGGGUACGGGUAAGCGAACAUGUUUACCUCGUAGUUUUAUAAAAGGCAGUCAUUAUUUCCCAGAUGUGAUGAUGGAGUAACCAUUCUACCCGGUAGCCUACCCGUUGCUCCUGGUAAGACUGAGAGGCAUUCUACCCGUAUUAACGGCUACGUGUAAGCCUAAUUUACCCGUACCCGUACACGGAAGCGGUGUAUCUUAAGGUCUCUAAUGUAAAGCUUUUUUUACCGUUGAUUUUUUAAUAGUGACUAUGGUUCCAUUUGGUUCUUUGCUCGUUGUUCGGGUGUUGUCGCUGACAUUUUCAGGCUAAGUUUUUCUACACUUCUAAGUAGUUUACUGUUAUAAAAGAAGGUCAUGGGAUUCACAUAAAUUCCAUGAAUUCAGUGAACUCGUAAAGCAAACAUAACGGAAAGUGGUUCUCGGCCUGGUUGGCAAAAUAAAUCAGUGUACAUUGUAAUUAAAGUGCUGAUAUGUAAUAUCAAACAUUUUACCGGAUCGGUAUACUAUACCUUGCGUUUUUUACUUUUCUUUUGCAGAUGUCACAAGAUAACUGGUAAAUGUAUUUGUAAGAGCGGAUUUACAGGCAUUCACUGUAAUCAGCAAAUAAGUAAGUGUUACGGAUAAGUUCCACCAAGACUGAAUACGAUAGAAUAAACUGACGAAAGCCGCCUCAUGAAGGUCGUUGUUGCAGCCUGUAGGUACAGAGCGACUGGUUUUAAUAAUCCAUGAUGAGAAUUGAUAUUCGACUUAUUGUUAGGCGAGAAGAAGGCGCUUCUCUCUCCCUUUUCGCUCCAUGUUUUUUUGGCGUCUUUGAAACGUGUACUCUCUUUCACUCCCUUGUUCUGCUAUUUCUAUAUUCUAGCAGUGGCAACACGCUCAUCAAAGACGCGCAUGAUCAGAGCUCUGUACUUGUAAACACUUUUAAAGUAGAGGGACAGACGAAUACCACAUACUUGCAUAACCCAAGGUGGUGGAAUUCAUUUUUAUAAUCUUGCUUGUUUAUUUACUCUUACACAGGGUGCACAGUUGGUUUUUAUGGCAACACAUGCAACAAGAAGUGUAGUUGUAAUGGUGCCCCAUGUGAUGUGGUUACUGGUGAAUGCUAUUGUCCUUCUGGUCUUAUGCCACCCUCUUGUGUUGACAGUAAGUGAUCUUAAAUCUUAUAAACUGGUAUUGUCAUCUGAGUCGUUCAGGAAUAAUUACCACCGUAGAAAUGUAUUUUGAGCAAUUUUGGCGACUUCUUGUGAAGCAAGGGUGGCGCAGUGGUGAGAGCACUCGCCUCCCACCAAACUGGCCGGGGUUCAAAUCCUGGCGUCAACGCCAUAUGUGGGUUGAGUUUGUUGUUGGUUCUCUCCCUCGCUCCGAGAUGUUUUCCUCCGGGUACCCCGGUUUUUUCCUCUCCUCAAAAACCAACUCUUCCAAAUUCUAAUUCAAUCUGGAACGCACGGACACGUUUAAAAGAGGGGUAAAAAAAUUUCAACAAUUUACAAUUAUUUUGAAUAAUGAAUGGCUAGCGCUCAAAACGUCGGUGGCUAAUUCACUUUGUAACAUGAGAGGACACAGAGGCUUUUUACUGGAAGUACAAUCCCACGCAGGGAUGUUUUCUCCGCGGGCAGCUAAUCCGACUUAAUCCCAUUUAAUAUGUCGCGCUCCUCGAAAGUGCGAAAAUUUUCUUGUCGUGUAUUAGAUUUCAGAUACAUUUUCUUGAUCUUCAUUUCGCGCCAGAAUAAAUUAGUUUGCGCGCAAAGGGCUUCUAAAAAAAUCACAAGGUUUGUCCCACUUCGAGUCUACCUUCUGGAGAUACAUCGGCUUGGUAGCUGGAAUACAUUGCCGAGGCGAAGAUCUGGCAUUUUUUUUUCUCCUCGUCGUAUUUUCUCCACGACAAAUGUUUAUAUUUGUAGUGAGAAUGCAGCGCAUAUCGGUGGAUUUUACUUCAUGCGGCUUGCUACUUCUGAAAGAAGAGUGCCGGAUUUCAUCGUUUUGUUCAUGUUUACUAGUGUUGGCUAAUGUAAGGUAAAUGAACCGACAACUGUAAGGUAAGAAUUGAAGUUUUAAAUUUGUUACUCGGCGAAAAAUCGUGGAAUUGGAAUUCGUGACACCCGUGAGUAUUACCUCUGUUACCUAAUGUCAUGCGAUGACUCUCGCUUUUUCGAUGCGUAACACGGAUACAAGCGAUAAAUUUCUUUCGCAAAGUGAAGUAUAAUUUACUUAACGAGACCAUUUGACGAACAUUUCUCGUUGUAUGCUUUAUUUGCUUGGCUUAUUCAGGCUACAUGCCAAGAGUUUGAUGACAAUGUAUGUGUGGGCUAUAAUUAUGCUGAUAAGUUUUUGGACCUUUAUAUUGAAACUUAUGUAAGCCAACUUCUUAACUCUAGCAAAAAACUCUUCUAUUAUGGAGGAACUUUAAACGUCUUUUGGGGCCCAAUAUGGUGUCAAUUUUUUUUUGGGAAACAAAGCUUGAUUUUUGGCGAAACAGACUAUAGUUUUUCUUUCUUUGAAGAGAGCGCGAGGCAAACGUCCGUGAGUACAGUGUAAGCCAGUAAUUCUUUAGGUAGAGCUAACAAACAUAGACUGCACUUUAGGUGGCACACCCAUGGGUGCAGUGUAACCCAGUGAUUCUUUAGGUAGAGCUAACAAACAUAGGCUGCACUUUAGGUGGCACACCCAUGAGUGCAAAGUAACCCAGUGAUUCUUUAGGUAGAGCUAACAAACAUAGGCUGCACUUUAGGUGGCACACCCAUGGGUGCAGUGUAACCCAGUGAUUCUUUAGGCAGAGCUUACAAACAUAGGCUGCACUUUAGGUGGCACACCUAUGGGUGCAGUGUAACCCAGUGAUUCUUUAGGUAGAGCUAACAAACACAGGCUGCAGUUUAGGUGGCACACCCAUGAGUGCAGUGUAACCCAGUGAUUCUUUAGGUAGAGCUAACAAACAUAGGCUGCACUUUAGGUGGCAAACCCAUGGGUGCAGUGUAACCCAGUUAUUCUUUAGGCAGAGCUUACAAACAUAGGCUGCACUUUAGGUGGCACACCUAUGGGUGUGGUGUAACCCAGUGAUUCUUUAGGUAGAGCUAACAAACACAGGCUGCAGUUUAGGUGGCACACCCAUGGUUGCAGUGUAACCCAGUGAUUCUUUAGGUAGAGCUAACAAACAUAGGCUGCACUUUAGGUGGCACACCCAUGGGUGCAGUGUAACCCAGUGAUUCUUUAGGUAGAGCUAACAAACACAGGCUGCACUUUAGGUGGCACACCCAUGAGUGCAAUGUAACCCAGUGAUUCUUUAGGUAGAGCUAACAAACAUAGGCUGCACUUUAGGUGGCACACCCAUGGGUGCAGUGUAACCCAGUGAUUCUUUAGGCAGAGCUUACAAACAUAGGCUGCACUUUAGGUGGCACACCUAUGGGUGUGGUGUAACCCAGUGAUUCUUUAGGUAGAGCUAAUAAACACAGGCUGCACUUUAGGUGGCACACCCAUGGUUGCAGUGUAACCCAGUGAUUCUUUAGGUAGAGCUAACAAACAUAGGCUGCACUUUAGGUGGCACACCCAUGGGUGCAGUGUAACCCAGUGAUUCUUUAGGCAGAGCUUACAAACAUAGGCUGCACUUUAGGUGGCACACCUAUGGGUGUGGUGUAACCCAGUGAUUCUUUAGGUAGAGCUAACAAACACAGGCUGCACUUUAGGUGGCACACCCAUGGUUGCAGUGUAACCCAGUGAUUCUUUAGGUAGAGCUAACAAACAUAGGCUGCACUUUAGGUGGCACACCCAUGGGUGCAGUGUAACCCAGUGAUUCUUUAGGUAGAGCUAACAAACACAGGCUGCACUUUAGGUAGCACACCCAUGAGUGCAAUGUAACCCAGUGAUUCUUUAGGUAGAGCUAACAAACAUAGGCUGCACUUUAGGUGGCACACCCAUGGGUGCAGUGUAACCCAGUGAUUCUUUAGGCAGAGCUUACAAACAUAGGGUGCACUUUAGGUGGCACACCUAUGGGUGCAGUGUAACCCAGUGAUUCUUUAGGUAGAACUAACAAACAUAGGCUGCACUUUAGGUGGCACACCCAUGGGUGCAGUGUAACCCAGUGAUUCUUUAGGCAGAGCUUACAAACAUAGACUAUACAGGUGUACAUCAGAUGGCAACACGUUUUCCAGUUAAAACUUUGUCAGAAAGUGCUACGUGCUACGCCAUGGCACUUCGACUAUUUCUUUUUUCGCGCGCUUGAUACAUUGUUUUGACGCACAACUGAUAGUCAGGAGAAGUCGUAUUGUCUAAAACCAUAGCAAAAGACAAAUUUACACGCAUCACAGAAGUAAGGUAAGGUAAUACACGGUAUUUCUUUCAGGUACAUUUACAUUCAAGUAUAAAAAAAUAACUACUAGUUACUAAGCUAGAAAUGAAUCUAAGAUAAAAACUAAAAAAAUAACGAUAUAACAAUAAAAACCUGCUUUACAUUGAGGCCUUGUGUAAAGAUACAUAUAUCUAAAUUAAGGUUUUUUAAUUUUUCUUUCAAAACAUUAUUGCCGCACCUUCAGAGACAAGCUGUUCCACCAUACUCUUCCGUUAUAAGAAAGGCUUCUUUUUUAAAAUUCAGUGCGGGGUUGAACAGCGAGCUUGUAUUCAUGCAUUUUCUGUUAGGUUAUAAGCGAUCAAAUCGCAUGCAGCGACGAACAAAACGCGAAGCCGUCAGAUAUGCUAGAACCGUGUUAUUUACAGCAGUGCUGUGCAUUAUUAUUGCUUAACUAACUAACUACGCGCCGAUGGAAAUAAGUUUCGGCCGCUUUAAAUUUUGAAACAAUUCACUGGUACUGUAUAGUCAUAAUAUUGGAGCGGAAAGUUAGCACGCGAGCAGGGCGACUCUGCUGUAGUUUCUGCAAUGUAGAAGAUAUUACGGCAAUGAGCUCCCCAGGUCCUUUCCCGAAAUCACAACUACAUGUAGGAUGAAAUGUAUUCUGCGUCUCCUUUUCCAGGUUAGGUUAAAUAAACCCGUACCAACGGUUUGUUUGACAAAGCUCCCGGUUUUUUAGUAAUUUUAUUAAUUUUUCCGAUCCAUUUUUUUUAAUCUUUUUUUUCGCGACUUUUGCGAUACAAACUAAAUUCAUUUUUAGUUGUGAUGGCAUUACUGCUUAAUCAUGACGGCUUUGUGAACUACAACCUAAGAACCCGAUUUAUUUUGACCAGAUCGAAACAAAACUGACCUCUGAAAUGGAAGAAGAAAAGCCUUUUAUUUUUGCCGGCUUCAGUCUGCCGACGCGAUCGUGUCUGGUUUGCUUUCAUAUGAUGACAUUUUCCUGACAGAAGGGUGUCGGGUAAAACACCUCGCGCUGAUCAUACGUGACAAAAUCCGCCGCGCCUAAGCUAAUGAAGAAAAGUCUCCUAGAAAGCUCCAUACAAUUCCUUAUAACAAAAUUAUAAGGAAUUGUAUGGAGCUUUCCGGGAUACUUACAGUGCAAGCCCUGUGUGUCUCCUCAUGCACUAUCCUUAAUCCAAAUUUCUAUCUUUAAUUCCUAGACAUUGCAUUGAGUUUCAGACCUGGAUCGCGGUUGUGUCGAAUUGCAUUAUGGGACGAGGUUGGGCAGGAAACUGGGUCAAGGUUUUUCCCUCAAAACAGUUUCAUAAUGCAAUUCGACACUACCCUGGACCAGUCUCACCCUCAUAAUGCGCGGCCAACGAAAAACUGGACAUCAACGUUGACCUCCACAUUAAUGACCACAUUUUCGCGAAACUCGACAUGCGUAACUGCCUAACUCUUCUGCGACCUGUACAUCUUAACCUAACACUUUUAAAAUACCUUACAAGUAACCUAUUAGGCCAAUUUUAUGUAUUAUUUGUUCCCGGGCUGAACCACAAGCACAGUGUGACCGCUUUUGUUUGUACGUGUUGACCUGAAGAAGCCUCGUACGAAACAACCCUCUGUAGGCAAUCAAGUUUGUCAAUAUCGUUACCGUGAAUUUGAAAAUCAUUUAAAACCGCGGCUAGGAUAAGCUCAUUCAGCAGAGCGCUUGACUGCGGAGCAGGAGGUCGCGAGUUCGAUUCCCCGGACCGGACCAAUUCUCAGGGUCUUAAAGUAACUGAGAAAUGAAGGUACUACCUUUGCCCUGCAAGCGGCGAGACCUUAGAGUCAUUAAAAUGUCAUUCAUCAGGAAAGUAAUCGCUUUAUUUCAUUAACAGAGUGUCCUACAGGAAAGUAUGGUUAUAAGUGCCAGCAAUCGUGCAUGUGUCAAAACGGUGCGUCAUGUGAUCCAGUCUCUGGUGCUUGCAGUUGUACAGCAGGCUGGCAAGGUGUCUUCUGUGAACAAGGUAGGUGCCUGCAUGUAACUGCCAGCGCUGGCAGGGCCUUGAAAGAUGAAGUGAAAAGGGCGACCUUUACGUCCAUUUGAUAAUAUGUGUAUGAAAUUAGGGCCUGUCAAAAUUAAAUGAGGGAGCUUAAUAAGAAAUGACGAUGACAAAACAACGUCCAAACAAGAUUUGGUUUUUGAGCAAAACAAAAGCUCUGCACCUGCAUCACGCGUCUUUCACGUCCACUGCACGACUACGACGAGAAAACCUCCUAAUUAGACGUUUUAUCGAGGUCGUGAACAUACAACGACGAAUUUUCCUUUCUCUUUAUAACCUGAAUAAAAUCCUUAAGAAUUCAACUCCAGGAAAAACCGCGUACCUUUGACAAUUUGAGCGGAUGAAAAGACGCAAAUUCAGUUUUUUUAAUUCAGCGACAUCUUUACUGCCGUUGUCGCGGUCACUGCUCCCUAAUAAAGGCUUGCCACAGGCAAUGUCGAGCCAAUAUGACCAUUCGUCAUUUUGGCCGGACACGUACUGUAAAUGGAUUUGAGUGUAUUUGUUUUGAAGUACGCCUUCUCUAUAGGAGGAAUUUUUUUUUCUUCCAUUAAGCUGUUACGUUUAAAGCUCGUGGUUUAAAUUGUUAUUAUAUUAUUUUUAAUAUUUUGGACAUGACCGGUUAAAAAGAGACUUGACCGAGCUGAAUUCUCUUUGGCCAGCCCUGAAAAAUUUGUGCGUUAUUUGUAGUGAAGAAACCCAUAUUUGGACCGGGAAAAUCAGAAACUACUACGUGGAGGAAAAGUGAACGUGAAGAAUCUUAUUUUCAUAUGACAGGAUGAGCACCCGGGCUUGCUAGAAAAUAGGCUAGAAACUGACGUAGAUCAGAAGUACUGCGGAUAUUUUGAAGGAUAAAUUGAUGUCAAACUUGGAAAAUCUUGAAUACUUGAAACAUUUUAGGAAUGUUGAUUGUGUAGUGACCAAAACAAAUAUCAGCACACGCAAGUAGACCUCAAAACUACAAAAUAACUUGCUUCUUGCGGUUCAGUUUUCUCACGCCUAAUUGGCUUAUUCCCUGCAGCACAAAGAUACUCUAGAAAUAUGUUUGGUGUUCACGAGUUUUUUAGUUCUAAAGUUAGGGUCCGUCCAAGAUUUUGUCUUUGGCUUUUAAAUAUGAACGAGAUUUGAGAAUUGAUGGUGAUGCGUUUGUUCGUUGCAGGCUGUGCUGACGGUUGGUAUGGCCCAGGCUGCAACAGUAGCUGUGAUUGUCUGCACCACUCCACCUGUCAUCACGUGACUGGAAAAUGCACUUGCAGUGCAGGCUGGGAAGGCGUCAUAUGCAACAAGUGUACGCAUACCGUUAAAUUACUCCCUUAAGUGCGUAUAAAUGCAAGCGUUUAUGUUCAACUAAUCAAGUAUCAGUUUGCUUUGUGGAACUGAUGUAUGUGUAAUCAAAUGGUGACGAGUGAAAUUAGGGAAUAAUUUCACGCGCGUUUUGUCCAAAUUCUGGACAAAACGCAAGUGAAAUUAUUCCCUAAUUUCACGAGUAAACCAUUUGAUUACCUAUUAAUAUCACGGAUCACAAAUUACGCCCAUAAUCGUAGGUUUUUGACAUGUUUUUCAAAUUGAUCAUCGAUCGAGAACUCCACUCACUGAAAACGUUAGAGCUUAAAUUUUUGCUUAAGUUCAUAAUUUUCAGAAAUUUUCGACAAAAUACCUGAUAGAAUUCUUCCUGAUUUGCUCUUUCGUAUGUUUAGGUAUUCUAAAUCAUCUUUUAAUGCCAUGACAUCUUCAUUCGUAACAUUUUGAAACUUUGCCGCCAUCUUGGUACUGAUACGUACGGAACGUUGCCUUGAAAACUUUGUAAUUUCACAUGAGAAAUUAUAAAUUAACGAUGAAGUCUCCUUGUACGAGGACCCAUUCGGUUGGGUGACCCGCACGGCGGCUAAAAAAGAGUACAAACGGAAGAAAAGAGUUACGUUAAAUAAUAUUCCGUGCUCAAGAAACCGGUCAGCCUUUUCCCUGCAAAUAGCUAGAUCUUCAUGUGGCUCGGAUGACCAUGUAAAAUGGCGGUCCCUUCUCCCGUUGGAGGCGUAUUAAAAAUAGUGUCGUCAACGAGCACUUUCGAAGUAAAUACAUUGACAAUCAAACAAGAGAGAAUAUUGGGACACAGAGAGUAACGCCCAGUUUACCCCUUGGGAUAUGUGAACUAUUUCACCAAAGUUAUUUUUAGACCAAUUAAACGCUUCAAUUAAUUGGAAGUUGGUUUCCAGAGAGGUCCGCAAACUUUUAUAUCAGUGUUGUCAAGAGAGAAUUCAAUAGUCGCCAUUACAUUAUUCUGCAUUUUUUUUUGCUUUGAGGCAGUUGCGCGUGGACUUGAUGACAUUUCAAACAAUCGAUUAAAAUCUGCGGACGUCCCAUUGUUCUCUCCUGCACUCAAACAAAGUGCAUUUUUUUGCAGUUUCAGCUUCCCAUAAGCUGUUACCCACGAUAUAGUAUAAGUUAGUAUGUACAGAGGCAAAAAAGGCCCACAGGUACUUACCUACUCACUUAAGUUCAUUUUUGUUGUGCUCUUUUUCAGCAUGCGACCCUGGCUUCUAUGGACUUGGUUGCCAAUCUGCUUGUCAAUGUUAUAAAGAUAACACAAUGUCUUGCGACCAUAUUGACGGCCUUUGCUUGUGUAAACCGGGAUGGACUGGGGACGAGUGCACGUUGUGUAUGUUAUUGUGUUAGAGAUCGAAUGGAGUGUUUUCACAUGACGUCACGGCGGCCAUGUUGGUGUCCCAAACCAGUCCUGUGGGAGUUGAACUCUUUUCUUAUGCAAACGCUUUCUUUUGUUCCAAUAAAUUUGCAUAGAUGCUGGCCACGUGAGUGAAAACACUCUAUAGUAUGGUAUAUGUCGGUCGGUUUUAGUUUGGUGGAUGCUACCUUUCAUUGUUGCGGCUGACCAGCGAAGCCUGCAAUCCUAAUCUCCAGGGUGCUAUUACUCGAUAAUGAAAGAAACAAAUUUAAAUGGAAAAAUAACUAGGUUAAGAAUCCCAACGGGUAGGAGGCGAACCAGUUGGCUAUUUACAAGCGUGGCCUAGGAUUUGAACUCGGGACAAUGAAGAACAAAUCCAGCUAGCGGUCAGGGUAAAACCUGAAAUCAGAGCCUCCAGAUUACAAGUCCAGCGCUCUACCGCUUGGCCACGCUACCUCCUUCUAAUCUGAACAUGCGUGUUUGGAACUUCUGUCACUUGUAAUCUGAUCACGCGCGUUUUGACUUUCUAUCACUUGGAACUUACGCAAAGCAUAGCGUUGCACAGCAAGAGCGUUUUGACCUUCGAUCGAUCUCGCCGCAUUCCUUAUUAAACCUUUUGUUAUUACUAGUCAAAAUAGUGUAAUCUCAAGCAAGAAAACUGUGUUACUUUAUAAUUGACAUGUUUUCUAGUCUGCCCGAAAGGAACGUUUGGUGCUGGUUGUUUACAAGACUGUGCAUGCAUAGAGGCUUCUACCGAGAACUGUGAUCACGUGACUGGUGCAUGCACCUGUCUGGAGGGGUGGAUUGGUGACGAGUGUGAAAAACGUAAGCGAAAUGUGAUACAUGAAAUUAUACGAUCAACGUAAGCAAUUAAAAGGUUCAAACCUGAUCUCGUUAAGAGUAAAAGAGUUUUGAUUUGUUUCUCUUGCAGGUUGUGAUUUUGGUUACUAUGGUUACAAGUGUAGGAAGAAAUGCCAGUGCAGUUUUCCUAAUAUGGAUAAAGAAUGUGACCACGUGAACGGACUGUGUAACUGUGAACCUGGAUACACCAAUCCAUACUGCAAUCAAAGUAGGUCACGUGCCCUACCACAGGCUUGCUGCCAUACGUAUGUAGUGUACACUUCGUCACGAUCAAACGAGAGAAAUUUGUUAAAGAUCAGACUUGCUACAAGUCGAUCUCUCGUUAGUUCUUUUAGGAACUCUUAAAAAAGCGAGCGAAGCGAGAUUCAAUUAGGUCGCCCAGCGAAUUCGUGAGGUCGACUUGUUUCGCUUGAAUGAAUAUGUAUCAUAUAAAUUCACGCGGGAAAAAUGAUUGACAUAUUCUUUGUCUGCAGGGGCGUCAAGUAUCAUUCACCCUCUUAUUGGUCAAUUGUCAUGACGUCACCGGUGACGUCAUGACUUGCAUUUCAUUCCUUAAGAGGCGUAGGGUUCUCGCUUAUUUCAUUUGUGUUAGUUUUUAAAGAAACUAGGGCUUAAGUUUCUGUCAAGGAGGCCGAAAACAAUCUUCUCUAUUGAUCGAAAAUAUGAGUUUCUUUCUGGUCCCAGAGCCCGGAAUGACCUCUAGCUGAGUCAAACUGUAGCGAUACCUGGGCAGUUGACUUUGACAGGAUCCCCUGCUCCGAGUCGAUCGGAGUCGCCUUCUCACUCAGUGUUCUUUUCUCUGUUUGUAGCCUGCCCUAAGGGCAGUUAUGGAUUCAGAUGCGAGGAGAAGUGUCUCUGUCAAAAUAAUUCAACUUGUGAUCCUGCAUUUGGUUAUUGUCACUGUCUGCCGGGGUUUCACGGCAAGUUCUGCGAUGAAGGUUGGUUAUUUUGCUUUUAGCCUUAGUCGUCUGCCUACUUUUAGCCAAACCCUCCAGUCCCACCCCUUAUCAAUGAAUGAAUGAAUGAAUGAAUGAAUAACAUUUACUUUAUUUAUACAAGGUAGUAAUUUCAACAUACAAAAUUGGUGUUCAAAUUAGCCGUGUCAAAAAUAAUUUGAGAUAAUACUAACUAUAUUAUGACGUUUUAAAAUUAUCGUUUCGAAUACUAUAAGUAGAUGGGAUAGUAAGUUAUUUAUUUUAAAAAAGCAAUAAUGAAUAUAUCUUAUUGGCCGGUUUAGUGUGUCGUAUCGUAGGAUAUUUUUACGAGUCACGCCGUAUUUUGGCAAGCCUGUUGGGCGAGUCAAAAUACAAGAGCCGAGAAACAGGUCGUUUCUUUUUCGUUUAUGAGUCGUUUCGAUGCAAGUCCUUUCGAUAUACGUCGUUUCGAUACGAACUCAAGAAAUGAAAGUGCAUGAAAAUUUCAAUCACUUUAAGUAUAGUUUGCGCGUGAACAAGAAUGUGAUAUAUUCCUCGUUCUUUAAGUCAAGUACGUGAGACUAUUUACACCUCGACUGAAUCAACUUUAAUCGAAACGAUUUUGUAUUUAUAUCGAGGCGACCGGUAACUAUCAUAACAAUGUUGCUUAGUGUGUUCCUGUUUUCACGUCAGGCGUGACUACAGGAAGUGUUCCCAACAACUUCAUGCCACCCUUCAGUUCUGAAAGGCGUAAAUUCCUUUUCUGUAAAAAUCUUCCAACAUUUGUGUGUAUUUUUCUUUUAGUCGUACCUCAAGUUAGCACUGUUGGUCCCAGUUCGGGUAAUAGGAACUCGUCCAAAACAGACCGCUCAGAAGGGUCUGGUUCUAGUUCACUGGUGACACCUGUGGUUAUUGCUGUCGUGGUUGUUAUGGUAGCCAUCAUUUUAAUUCUUGUGUUGGUUUACUUGAGGCGGAAGCGACUGAUGAUGGUCAAGACAGGAGGAAAAAGGUGCGAACUGCGGUAAUUUUGGUUGAACGUUAUGCAGUAAGCAUUUUCUUAACUUCAAAUGCAAAAACAUUACGAAUGAACUGUUCUAUAGAAAUGCGAAUUUUUGCUAUAUAUGUCUUUGAAUUUUUUUCAUGUACUGUAUUUAAGUGACGCAAAGAAGACGAAGAAAUACCAAUAAGUUUAGCACAGUUCUCAGUGAAAACGCGGCGCUUAUACUUGAAGCUUUGAGUUCAAUAGAAUGGGUCAUUCUUUGAAGAUUAAAAGAACGGAAAUGUACAUCAAUAUUCUUCACUUACAACUUAAAAACAAACAAACAACGGGGACAUCAAUGACAUGCGGACAUUUGCGGGAAAUGUUGUCCAAGAGACUGAUGGUAAGGUAACCGGUCAAGUCGCUCGUAAGUCAUCUCCCCUGAAGUUAUGUCGCCUGAAGCCAGAGUUAAUUCGCUCAAUAUGCUGCGUUAUGUCGCCCGAAGGAAAGAGUGUAUGUAAUAUAUCUCGUUCUUUAAGCGAUAAUGAGAUGAAAUUAACAAGCGGGAUAAAGAUGUAAGGAUGUUGUUGGGCAUGAUAAAAUUUCGGGCGACUUAACUCUGCACUUCGGCUGACUGAACUAAAAAGUUAGGUCGACGUAACUUCGGGCGACAUGACCUUUGGGCGACUUGACCAUAAACCGAUUGUAAGACCUAAUCCCUACGGUACUUUGCUAUUUUCAAGGUCUGUUAUCCCUGUGUUUGCAUUUUCUAGAGGAAAGAUCAUUGCAAGCGCCGGCUUUGAGUGGUUCCGAAUUAAACCUUUGAAAAUUACUAUCGAGAUAACGCGGUGCAUCUUUUUGGAAAACUUGGACAAAAACUUCUCGAGUUUAGGUCAUAGGAAAGUUACGAGUUCUUGGAAUAGGUUGGGACGUUUUCAAGUAACUGUUCUCUUUUUAUAUUUUUUUGUUCUUUUCUCACUCAGCUUUUCUGUAAGAAGACUUAUUAGAUCCCGAAAGACAAAUGGUAAGUCUUGGAAUGUGUCGCUUUUUGACGAAAUGUUGUUGAUGUUUAACAUUCGUUAAGUAAUAAUAAUGCUGUCGACGGGUGAACAAUAUAUCCGACAGGUUUUAAAAAGCAACAACUUGUUCCUGAGUACGGAAACGUAAGAUCCCUAAACAACGUAUAAUUUGCAUUGGACCGAAUUUAUAACUUCGAGAAUUUUAUUUAGGAAAAGACUGAAAUCACAUUUUAGUUAAUCUAUGAAUCGUUCGUCGUUUUAACCAUAUAGUUAUAGUCAUUUAUCAGUUUAUCUCAUGCUCAUAGUCUUUUAACAUUUUAUCUUAUAAUCUUAGUCAUUAAACUUCCUAUCGUAUCCUAUACUUUUACUUUUCGUCUUUUAGUUGUUUGUUUGUUUAUUUAUAUUUUAUUUUAUUUUAUUUAUUUUUUUACAGGACCCCAUUGACAACGGUGUUUUUAAACACUAAUGGGUUUUUGAUUCUGUUAAAAUAUUCAUUAUUAUUAUUAUUAUUAUUAUUAUUAUUAUUAUUAAUAUUUUUAUUAUUAUAUGAUAAAAUUGUAAUAGUCUACUUUUCACUGGGUUAAGGUGACGAGGACGAAGACCGCAUGACUGAAGACGUGUCAGUCAAUCCUAUUUACGAUAUUGGAGAUAUGCCCAUGGACUCCCUCCAUCCCUCUGGGGACCGACCCACAUCUCCGACGAUGAAAUCUCUCACUAAUCCAAACUACGAGUGCACUUUAGACGUCGGAGUUCAGCGCGAAAGAGUGGCUAGUAAUCCAAUAUAUGAGACAGGGGGCGUUGUACCCGACAGAGGAAGUUCUCAUGCUGAUGUAAACCCGCUGUAUGAAUCUGGGCCAGUCGUAAGCACCUCGGCAAAGUCCGGAAGCGUGGCUAAUUCAAAUCCUCUUUACCAGUCUGCCACUUCCUACCGCAGUCAAAGCGACUUGAACCCCUUGUAUGAGGGGACAUCAGAUGUGAGCCCGCUUGUCGAUUCAGCAACAACGGCCGAGGUAGCGAAAGGAGGAAGCCUGCGGCGACGUGUUGAUUCACGAUCGAAAAGGGAAGGAAAAGAAGGCAGAGAAGACGAAUUGCCGAUCAUUGAUGCAGUAUGGACUGGUAAUGAUGAUUCAGACGGCCUUGGAGUCUCCAACAUGGGAGCUGAUAUCACGUUUAAUGAGCUGUACGGAAACGUUGAACAACCUCAUUCUUCUCCACAUGAAGGUGAACCUGACGUGCCCCCAGUACCCCCUAGACAGCAUGCCAAACGCUCUUGAUGCCUCUGAUAGUUAGGUAGGAAUAGUAUUGCUAAUGAACAGGAAAGCACCGCUGAUAACACGGAUGUAGAGCUUAGUAAAGGUACGAAAAACGGGCAACAAAAAACGUGCAACUUGUUUUGCGACGUUGCUGCAAAACGAGG